AUGCUAUUCAAAAGUGCCCUCAUCGGCGGUCUGCUCGCUGCUGGACAUGCGACAGCUUUCAAGAUUGGACAGGUCAACGCCCUUCUUCAACGAAGUGAUGAUGUGGAAGAAGUACUCCGACGGGAUGCCGCCCUCGUCGCCUCUCUUACCCGACGACAAGACGCAAACCCCGCAGAUACAGCGCCUCUCUCCUCGUUAGUACCAGCGUCCGGCGACGCAUCCAAAGCAGAUUUGAAGAAAUGGGAGGAAGAGACACGAUCAGCCUGCAUGAGCACGCUUUCGAACCUAAAAGGAAAAGCCUCGAAUCCAAGUGGCAUUGCGGUCUGCUACAAUGUACCAUUUCUCGACAACCGGACUGGCGUCUUCCAGGCUGAACUCCGCCUGUACAACGUAUCAGCACCCGUUGAUCCCUGGAUAGGCGUUACCGCAGCCGACAUCAGCUUGUCGUUGUCCUAUCUAGGCGCGACCGUCCAAAACAUGAACGGCACAUUCCAAAAGCGUGACAUCGGCUACCCACCCGUUCGUACACGAGACACGGAUAGCCUUCUCGUCGAGAGACAAACAAUCAGCGAUAUGACCGAGUUUAAAGUGCUCAUGUACGUGGGUCGCAUCAACAGCAACCUAAUGUUCGGCGACGUCAUGACCGAAGAAACACUAAAACCGCUUCUCGUCCCGGACAUCGAUCUCGCGGCUCGAAACCCCAUCUCCAACAUCGACGUCACAGAGACGCUAUCAUCCGCAGGCGCAACCUUCGUGAAUGGCAUCUUCGCCAGCAAAGCGGAUAGACCCACGACUGCCGAUCCCACCGCUGCGGCCGCUGCGUCCUCGAUCGCCGCCAUCGCCGCGCCGUUCGUUGUACCGGGAACCACGCUCUCUUUCUUCCCCGUCGGCCUCGUCGUGACGUGCAUAUGGAGUGCUGUGCUCUUCAUAGCCGUGGGGCUGGGUACCUGUGGUCGGAUUCAGUUCCGUGACCAGUAUCGCCGGCGCGUUUUGGCUGAGAAGGCAAGGGGUGUGCGCACUAUCUAA